AGCUAGACUGAAUGGUGUAUUUAGCGUGGUGUUUGAACAAAGCAGCAGCAGCAGCAGAAGCAUUUCGGCUUUAAAAACUCCUACAUUAGUGAUCAUGAACCUGACACCUGAGAGUCACUCCAUUCCUCUCUGUGAUGGAAACAGCAUACCUUUAAUAGGCCUGGGAACUUAUGAUGAUCCCCAAACGACCCCUAAAGGAACUGCAUAUGAAUCGGUCAAAGUGGCUAUUGAAAUAGGGUACAGACACAUUGAUGGGGCUUUGGUCUAUUUCAACGAACAUGAAGUGGGACAAGCUAUAAGGGAGAAAAUUGCAGAUGGAACAGUGAAAAGAGAGGACAUCUUCUACUGUGGGAAGCUGUGGAAUACAUUUCAUCCUCCAGAAUUGGUACGACCUGCUUUGGAGAAAACCUUGAAGACAUUACAGCUGGAUUAUGUUGAUCUCUACAUUGUCGAAAUGCCCACAGCAUUCAGGCCAGGAGAUACAUUUUACCCUAAAGAUGAGAAUGGCAAGUGCAUUUACCACAAGACAGACCUCUGCGCUACAUGGGAGGCUUUAGAGGCGUGCAAAGAUGCUGGAUUAGUGAAAUCCCUUGGCGUAUCCAACUUCAACAAGCGACAACUGGAGUUGAUCCUCAACAAACCUGGCCUGAAACACAAACCCGUGUCAAACCAGGUUGAAUGCCAUCCAUAUUUCACUCAGCCAAAGCUGAUAGAGUACUGCCAGCAGAAGGGUAUUGUCAUUGUGGGAUACAGCCCCCUGGGCACAUCCAGAGAUGCAUCCUGGGUAAACCUAACAUGCCCCCCACUGUUGGAAGAUGAGCUACUGGUAUCAGUUGCUAAAAAGUACAACAAGACCACAGCCCAGGUGGCCUUGAGGUUCAAUGUGCAGAGAGGAGUGGUGGUCAUCCCAAAGAGCUUCAACCCAGUUCGCAUAAAGGAGAACUUUCAGAUAUUCGACUUCUGUCUUUCUGAGAAUGAGAUGAAGGCAAUUGAAGGGCUGAACAAGAAUAUCCGUUUUGUGGAACUUCUCAUGUGGUCUGAUCAUCCAGAGUAUCCAUUUCAUGAUGACUACUAGACGCCAGAUGUUAAGACCACAUUUAAAUUUGAUCAGAUAAUUUGGCUUGUUCACUUUGUUGCUUUCACAGUUUUGUGCCUUAACUGGAAAAUAAAAUUGAUACCCUUUUUAUUUUAAAUUUCAUGAAAUAUUUCUGAUA